AAAUAGCAACAGCAACCUUAGGAAGCGGGUUGGAGGCGGCCAAGAUGGGGGCUCAUCUGGCUCGCCGGUAUUUAUGGGACAAGGAGGUGGAGCCGGACCCGCUCAAGAUGCCCACCUUCGACCCCCACUUCGGCUUCCCCGAGGAGCGCAAGGAACGGGUGAUGAUAGCAACACAGCAGCAGAUGAAUGAGGCUCAGCUUCCUCUUGACAUGCGAGACUAUUGUGCACACUACUUCCUUAAGUUUGCGAAGUGCAAACGUGACAAAUUUCCAAAUAUCUUUGGGUGCAAACAUGAGCGUCAUGAAUGGGAUUACUGUGAACACCUGGACUAUGUCAUGCGUAUGAAAGAAUUUGAACGGGAGAGGCGCUUGCUGGCUCGGAAGAAGCGCAUUGAACAAAAGGCAAAAGCGGCAGCGGCGGCAGCAUCCUAACUGGCUUUGGUGUGCCUCCUGGCUCCUUCAACAAGAGGCUUGCAGAAUCCACUAGGUCUGUUAUGUUGAAAACAAUAAAGACAUUAUCCUGUGGUUCUGUCUGAAACAA